GCCCCCGCGCGGCGCUGCGGAACCGGAGCUCCGGGCAGCGUCGGCAGUGGCGCGGGAGGCGGCAAGGCCGGGACGGCAGGAGCCGGCGCGGCGACCGCAGCGAGCGCGGCGGGGACGUAGCAGACCACGACGAAGGCGCACAGGCAGCCGGGCCGGGCCGGGCCACUGGGAGAGCGGCCGCCGGGAAGCGGGCGGGAGGCCGGGCGGGCAGCGGGCAGCCACCGAGCUGCGAAGCGACAUGGUGGUGCUCAAGGAGUAUCGAGUCAUCCUGCCAGUGUCUGUAGAUGAGUAUCAAGUAGGGCAGCUGUAUUCUGUGGCUGAGGCCAGUAAAAAUGAAACAGGUGGUGGUGAAGGCGUGGAGGUCCUGGUGAACGAACCCUAUGAGAAGGAUGGUGAGAAAGGCCAGUACACACACAAGAUCUACCACUUACAGAGCAAAGUACCCACGUUUGUUCGAAUGUUGGCCCCUGAGGGAGCCCUGAAUAUACAUGAAAAAGCAUGGAAUGCCUACCCUUACUGCAGAACUGUUAUUACAAAUGAGUACAUGAAAGAAGACUUUCUGAUUAAAAUUGAAACCUGGCACAAACCAGAUCUUGGCACCCAGGAGAAUGUGCAUAAACUGGAUCCUGAGUCAUGGAAACAUGUGGAAACCAUAUAUAUAGACAUUGCAGAUCGAAACCAAGUACUUAGCAAGGAUUACAAGUCAGAGGAAGAUCCUGCAAAAUUUAAAUCUAUCAAAACAGGCCGAGGACCCUUGGGCCCAAAUUGGAAGCAAGAACUUGUAAAUCAGAAAGACUGCCCAUAUAUGUGUGCAUACAAACUGGUUACUGUCAAGUUCAAGUGGUGGGGCCUGCAGAGCAAAGUGGAAAACUUUAUACAUAAGCAAGAAAGGCGUCUGUUUACAAACUUUCACAGGCAGCUGUUCUGUUGGCUUGAUAAGUGGGUUGACCUGACCAUGGAUGACAUUCGAAGGAUGGAAGAAGAGACAAAGAGACAGCUGGAUGAGAUGAGACAAAAGGACCCAGUCAAAGGAAUGACAGCAGAUGACUAAAGCCACCCCUCCCCCUUCUGCACUUUUUGCAAGACAGUGGUCAACAGGAAGGCCCAGCAGCUCCACCCUCCUGAGUGACAGGCCAUCUUCGGACGCAGCCUUUCUGUGCCCAUUCUUCAGGCAACUUUCAAUCCCUUACUGUAGCUAAUUCUAGAUGCCCUUUAAUAUUGUGAACAAAUAGACCCGUCCGGUAUUACAAAGCCCGUGCGUGCGGGAGCCUGCUCCUCUGAGAUAUAUGGCGUGUAGGUUGCUGUAUUUACAGCUCCUCCCUCUCUCCAUUGUGUUCUGACGCAUUUCCAUGUGUACCCCCACCUUUAUUUCCAAGUGAUAUUUUUAGUCUUUCAAAAUAGCUGCCUUUUGUGAUGUGGUGAUUUAAAUGAUUUAAUUCAUUUGUUUUCAACCUUGGGAUUAACUGAGGUAUUUUGUUUCCUGGGCAGAUUUUGCAAUUUUGACUACUCACCUAGGGAGAGGGGAUGAGUUAGAAAUACAGAGAUUUUUCCCCCCAGUUCCACAGACUAGCAAUGUGGCUUUGUAACUCUGACAUCUGCUCCCAGUAACCCUACUGUUAGAGUGCUCUAAGUACCAUGGAGGUACCCAAGGCCUAGCCAGUCUCUGUUUAAGAAAAUUUUAACUAAUACACAUAAUCUUUGCCCCAGUCAUUGUAUCUGUAGUCACUAUUCUUAGAAAUACCUGUGGUUUCUCAGCCCUCCUGUUGCCCACUCUGCCUCUCUCUGCAGAGCCUACAAAACACCCCAAUCAACUCUCCACCUGGAGGGAAUUGUCCAAUUGUGGCCCUUAGAAGUGAGUCUGCCCCAUAGGUAUGGAUCAGUCUGACCCCCAGGAGCUCUGUUUGUCUGUGCUCCUCUUCCCUUUUGGGUUGGUGCUGCCACUCAGCAAUAAUCUUCUUUUCUCUGUGCUUUCUUAGGUCCCUGUCCUCUGUCUUUGAGGCUGAUUAGGACAUGAGAGUCCUGAUCUUUUCAUGCUGCACAAAAUGAGCAUGCAAAAAGCUUUCUUCCAGCAGAACAUGUUCCCUCUUGUCUCCAGUUGCUGGAAAGGAAUUUGGGGAUCAAGAACUCAGCUCAUCCUGCCCCCAUGCUGAGUUCUGUCCUGGACAAUCAAAAGCAAGUAGUGAUCAUAGUAUAGAACUCUACCAAAGUAAACUGGCAAAGGAGUCCAGGCUACAGGGGAAUAGAAGCUGCCGAGUACUUCAUAGUCUCCUACAACUUGGCAGAACCCAAGUACAGCUUCUUAGUGGGAGAAUCUGCCAUAGCGGUGGUUCCACCUGACAUUCCUCCAACCUUGUGAAGUAUGCUGGCUUGAUCCAAGCCCAUGCUGGCCUGGGUGCAUCUGCUAAUGAGAGAGACCAAAUCUCUCUGUUGGGGGAAGUGAGAAGUGGGAUGAGAUGAUUCAUCUUUGUUUUUGUCAGUUUGUUUGCCUUACUUAUUUCUAAGUGCAAUAAGGGAGCGUCUCACAGGAUUGCACCUGUGACAUCCUCAUGGAUGCUGCCCUGUGGCCCUCCUGAGCUAAAGAUGGACAGAUUCAGACCCCUCAGCAUGGUUAGCUCUGACAUUCAUUGAGGUCCCUUUGGGACCAGGGAGAUGUCCUACUGCAGACAUCUUCCUCCAUAUUCGUCUCCUCACCUCCGGGAGUGUUUAGUAAUGCAUCUGGGGCAUUUCAGUUGGUUAGUAGUAUCUCAACUGCUGGUAGCGUUUAUUUGGGAAAGUGGGAGAAGAGGCAUUCCUACUGGAGAAAAUAUAAGUGUUUUCCUACAAACUCUGUAUCAGCUAUGAAUUAUAUUUGUGCUUAAAAAUUUCCCUUCAUUCAUCAAUCAGGUAAAGUCCAGAUGUGAGUUAUCUUGGGAGAAAAAAUUGUAUUCUAAACAGACAGUUGUUUAUGUAGUUUGAGGGUCAGCAGAUGUUAGUCUUCUUCCUUCAGCUCGUUUGAGAUCCACACAUAUCACUCCACCUCUACCUGUUGCCCCAGUUUGAAAGCAUCCAUUUAUGAGCAAAGGUCAACCUCAGUCUGGAGCUCUUGCCCACAUAACCAUAAAGGAUGUCCCUGGUCUGUUCCAUCUCCAUGGAUGGUGUUGCUGCUGGGCAACAGUGUUGGCUUCUUUUAAGUACCCCUUCCCUCCUUACCCACCCCCAAACUAACUGGCACUUGAGGGACUUAAUAAUAAAGGUUCAGCUCCAGGGAUAGUACCUGAGUAUGUCCCAUGCCUCUUCAUUCAGACCAGCUGCUUCCAUUGGAUUUCCAGGGUCAUAGUCCCAACUGGAAGCAGCAGUACCUCUGUAGGAGGGGUGCUGGGCUCUGGCCUUCUCAUGAAGAGAGGUCAGGGACAGGGUCAGCAUCAAGGGCACAUGUAAAUCUUCCCAAGUUCUCCUUUUACAAUCCCUACUGAGACUCCCUGACUUAUUUUGGUUGGUUCCUAGUGCUACUUUUACAAACUACACUUUGUAGAAUUGAUUAGAUUACCUUGUUUAUUUAAUGUGAAUUUGUGCCUUUUUGUCUCAAUCUUCCAAUACAGAUAUAUUGAGGAAAAAAGCAGUCUAAUAAAAUCCUAGACAGA